AUGUCGGACCCAUCUGCAUCCUAUACUGAUGUGCUGAUUAUCGGCGCGGGGCCAUCCGGCCUGAUGGCGGCCUACUGGAUGGCACGCUGUGGCGUCAAGGCUCGGAUCAUCGAUAAGCGCGGCACGAAAGUAUUCACCGGCCAAGCUGAUGGGCUGAGGCCCAGGACGCUUGAGCUGUUUGACAGCAUGGGCUUUGUGCACCGCGUCCUUCAUGAGGCUUGUGAAGCAUCAGAAUUCGCAUUCUGGGGACCAGACGAGACUGGCAAACUCAAGCGACAAGACCGGAAUCCAAUUAACGAUAUUUCAUGCUCGCCCUAUGGCAAUGCCCUUUUAAACCAAGGGAGAAUUGAGCGUUUCAUGCUGGAUGCCAUCAAAGAACAUUCUGAUCUCGAGGUCGAAAGAGGCGUCAUUGCCGAUUCUCUAAAUUAUGAUAGUAAUCUCGAGAAGAAUGACGACGAGUAUCCCAUUACGGUUACUCUGAGGACCCUCAGCGAGGAAGAGGCGAAUCCAUCUGUGGCGUAUGGAGGUGCCGAAGGUGUCCGAAAUGGCUUGUUCCGGAGUAACACAACACCGGAUGACUGGGAUGAUCUUAUCAAGAAGAGCAAAGAAAGACCAGGAAAUAUCGAGACUGUGAAAGCCAAGUAUCUCAUCGGGUGCGAUGGGGCACACAGUUGGACCAGAAAGCAGUUGGGAAUACCCUUUGAAGGGUCUACAACCGAGCACAUAUGGGGCGUUGUUGAUAUGAUUCCCAUCACGGAUUUCCCUGAUAUCCGGUGCGUGAGCACUGUGGCAAGUGAAUACGGCACCAUGCUGGUCAUUCCCAGGGAGAAGCAGCUUGUUCGCCUAUACCUCCCACUGCACGAUGUCAAUAACACAUCAUCAUCUUUCGACAGGUCGUCUGUUACAUUGGAAAUGAUUCGUGAGAAAGCCAAGAAGAUGUUUGGCUCCUUCAGCUUCGACUUCAAGGUGUGCGACUGGUGGACAGUCUAUCAGAUUGGCCAACGGCUUGCGCCGACUUUCAGUAAAGGCCGCAUCCAUCUAGCCGGGGAUGCCAUCCACACCCAUUCUCCCAAGGCAGGCCUAGGCAUGAACAUGAGUAUGCAAGACGGAUUCAACCUUGGUUGGAAACUUGCGCUUGUCGCAAAAGGAGUCGCUCGCAGUUGUAUCCUCGAUACCUACGAGCUAGAGCGAAAGAAGACCGCCCAGAUGCUCAUCGAUCUCGAUCGUCGUCUGCAGCCAUUGUUCACGAAGCAGCAAGAGAAUGGCCCCGGAGCAAUAUCACCUGACGAAACGCUGGUGAAGGUAAUGGAACUGACCAUGUCUUUCGCCAACGGAUACAUCUGUUAUUACGGAGCCAGCCCCUUAGUUCACAAAUCGAGUGAAGAUUUUAGUGCGAGUCUGAUCCCGGGAGAGAGGUUCUUACCGGCCAAGGUUCGCAAUCAGGUAGACGGCCGGGCCUGGUGGACAACACGGCUGUUUGAGAGCGACGGGAGGUUCCGUAUCGUGCUUCUGGCAGGAGACAUGCGUCACGACGAGCAGAGACACCGAGUUUCUACCUUCAGUGCGUACUUGGCUUCAUCAGGUUCGGUCCUUCGACGCUUCACGCCCAAGGGGGAGCAAAACAACAGUAUCAUCGAUGUUGUCACCAUUCAUAGCAAUCCGCUGGAAGCAUUGGAGUUUUUCGAAUUUCCCGAGAUGCUGAGACCAUAUGAUGAGCAGAAGGGCUGGGCCUAUGACCAAAUUUGGAGUGACAGUGAGUGCGCCUGGGAUAGACACUGUCAAGGGAAAGCAUACGACGCCUGGGGUGUCGAUAGGAUGCGAGGAGCUCUCGUUAUCCUGAGGCCGGAUCAACAUGUUGGUUGGGUUGGAAACAUUGAGGAUGUCAAGGAGUUGGCCGGAUACUUUGAGGGAGUCCUCCAUCAACCCAACGACGUCGCGAAGACCGCAAACCAUGUGCAGAAAUAG